AGUGCCGAGGAGUUUGUAUUGUUUAUUAUUUUUUUUUACAAAAUCAAAGAUUUAAAAUUAUAUUUACAAGAUAUAAGGAGAAUAUUUACUAUAAGAGUCCAGUUGUUGUGUUUAAUAAUCAAAAUGUGUUUUUAAAUAAACAAACACCAGUGCAUUAUCCUUGUUAUUUUUUUAUCAUUUGAAUGAAAGUUGUCGCUGUGAAAAAUCGAUUGAAAUGAUUUUUUUACAUGCAUGAAAUUGUAGCAGUGAUCACGCAAAAAUGGAAAUUAUUUUUGGCAUAAUGUCUUCAAUAUUUAUUCAUCUUUUCCUGAAACUUUUUGGAAACAGCUACGAAUUACCUUUAUAAAAGGAUUUCAUUUAUCAUUCUUUAACUUCUCGGAGUUCCUUCUCGAAAAGAUCUAUUUAUUUCGAGACAAAACAAUGGGUAAUGGCAUGAAUAAGGUUUUACCUGGAUUGUAUGUGGGUAACUACAGAGACUCAAAAGAUAUAAACCAAUUACAGAUGCAUAAAAUAACACACAUUCUUGCAAUCCAUGAUAAUCCCAAGCAUUUGUAUCCUGAGAUGCAUUAUCUUUGUGUUAUGGCAGCGGAUAAUCCGGAUCAAGAUCUUUGCCAGUUUUUUCCUGUUUGUAACGAUUUCAUUCAUGGCGCUCGCUUACGAAAGGAUUGUAAUGUGCUUGUUCAUUGUUUAGCAGGAAUGUCUCGUUCUGUUACGAUUUGUGUUGCUUACGUCAUGUCAAUCUCAAAUCUAUGUUGGCGUGAAGCAUUGAGAGUAGUUCGAGUUGGUCGAAAGAUAGCAAAUCCAAAUGCAGGAUUUCAAUUGCAGUUACAAGAGUUUGAGAAUUGUAAAGUAGUAGAAGAGCGAAGCCGAAUGAAAGAACGUUUUCCGAGCUUAGCUUUAGUGGAAAGUGAUAAAGAAUAUAUUUACCGUGCACUAGAGCAUUUCAAUACAAUGAUUGCGACAAGAGAUUUGUGUCAUUUUAAUUGUAAACGAAAUGAAAACUGUCCAACAGGUGUCUGUAGGAUGAAUCAUGAAGCAAAAUUUUCUGGCGGAAUAUUUCGACGACGACCUUCAUCAUCAUCAUCAACAAGUAGUCGUUUAGGUGUGCAACCUGGUCGUUCCGGUUCCGUUUCAUGUCCAACAUCACCACGACAUCAAAAACAUUUACCAGUAGUUCCUGUUUCCUUAUCUUCAUCUACUUUAAAUGAUGUCUUAACUUCCACAACCUCAAACUUUAACGAUAGAAGACUCCACCGAAGCCCUUCGGCAAAUUACAACUAUAGACAGCAAAGUAGCGCUGGUUUUUAUACUUAUACAGGUCCACCUUCCGCACCAGUUUCAGCUCAUACUUCUCGUGUGGAUUUAAGCAAUAUUGGCAGGCCUUCGUCGGGAUCUGUUAUUUAUUUAGGAAAGACGAACAGCUCAAAUACAGGAUCGCGCCUUUCUCUUGUGUCACGUUCAUCUUCAGUCUCAUCGCCACAAUCUUCGCCCAAGCAUCGACCACGGCAAUAAAAAAUAUUCGUUGUUAAUAUUAGAUUAAAAUAUCGAUUGUGGAAUGUGAAAAACCAUUCUCAGACUUGAUAUUUUAAUUCUAAUCAAAUCUCUUCUUCCUAAAAGAAAUU